AUGCUUUUCGUAGCGUUGCUAUUCAGUGUGGUUGUUCGGCUGCAUGGGUGGGAUUUCCAAGAAAUCUUCGCGGAACGUUCGAAUGAAGACAAGCAGAUUUUCGAACAACACUUCUACUACGAUGAGGAAGGACGCGUUUUUCGGAAAGAAGGUGAUCGUGACCCACCUGAUCAACCGGACACGACCGAUUUUUGGCUUGCGGAGAACUUUAUCGUCGAUGAUGAAGGCCGAAUCUACCCGAUAGCUGAUGACUUCGAUAAAGGACCGCCAUUUGACGCCGAAAGGGAUACCGUUUUUCGUUUGUAUACGAAAGAUAACUUGGAUCAUGAAAUCCUGAAAUUGGACGAAGAGGACUCGAUCGUAUCAUCGAGAUUUAACGUUAGUCACCCGACCAAAUUUACUAUCCACGGGUUCCAGAGUUCCGGAGACCAUCCGAUGAACACUGUGAUCCGAAAGCAGUACUUUGCCCUGGGGGAGUUCAAUGUCUUUGUUGUGGAUUGGAGCGCCGGUUCAGGUCAGGAUCUUGCAUCGUACUUCAGUGUACGUCAACGAGUUUCAGCAGUUGGUAAAGCCAUUUCGCGGUUCAUCGAUAAACUCGUUCAAGCUACCGAGGUAUCACUGAGCGAGAUCAGUCUCAUUGGGUUCAGCUUAGGGGCUCACAUUGCAGGGAAUGCCGGCAAGGCUCAGUCGGGUCGCAUCAAAACAAUCAUCGGUCUGGACCCGGCAGGACCUUUGUUUAGCGAAAAGGAUAAGGACAUUCUAUCCAGUCAGGACGCCCAAUACGUUGAAGUGCUUCACACCAGUGUAUUUGGGUUCAGCAAUCCAAUCGGGACGUCGGAUUUUUACGCCAACGGAGGCGUUUUCUCUCAACCGGGCUGCUUCUUGACGGGAGACGUUGGUUGUUCACAUGGGCGGGCUUUCUAUUAUUUCGCGGAAUCGCUGACAAGUGAAAGCGGAUUUUGGGCUCAAAAAUGUUCGAAGGUGUUCGAGGUGAACCUUUUCGAUGUAAAGUGUGAGUCUUUGGAAGGCGACCCAAAAGAGACGAUGGGCCGUGAACCCCCUAAUACGGAAAACGAAGUGACCGGUCCAUAUCAGUUCAACACUCAUUCGGAUGCACCGUUUGCCCAAGGUCAAUAAGUAAGGCUCCGAAUAAGGAACGUCAACCAAACAGUUUGUUAAUUUUCAUUCAAAACAGUUUUCCCUAAAGUGGUCUUAAAAAUCAUACAAAAUUACAAAAAUAUGAACAACAUAAGUAAAUGAGCGAGGAACCAAAACGUAUUGCUAAAAAUUCUUCAUAGACAUGUGAUAGUGAAAGUGAAAAUUCCAAUUUCCUUUUGUUUUCUUUUAUUUCCCAGGCUUUGAUUUGUUUCUGAUUUUGUUACCUAAUGUAUCCGAAAAAAAAGACAACGAAUCCCACAGAAAUCAAUUCAUUUGA